AUGGAUAAGGAGCUCUAUAAAGGCCAUAACAGACCUGCACUGUCUCUAAAGGAGAAGGGGCUAAUUCUGGCGAUAGAAGUAGUGGUAAUCAUUGCAACAGGUUUCAAGGAUCCUGAGUUGUAUAGCUCUUCUCCAGAUUCAGAUGUACUCAUAAAGCCUUUGGAAUUUGAUAUGAUGGCAGUUAUAGCCGUGAGGGCUAAGCAACCCAAGUUUACUCAAGGCACUAUUGAAAUCUCCUACGGAAUACCAACCAAACGAAAAAAAAAUCAAAUAACUCCCUCUUUUCUGAAGUUUUCUAGGUUAAUCCUACUUUUUGUCACACUCUUCCUCAUCGUUCACGUCACCUCUCCUUCUCCUUCUCCCUCCUCUGCCAUCGCCAUCAUCGAUUCAACAUCCAAUAUCGGUCCUCCUUGCCUCCACAUCUUGAUUAAAGAUCCGUCUGGCUGGAAUGCCUCGCCGCUGUCGCCGGAGAAUGAGGAAGACAAUGUCACCGAAACCCUCACCACUCCGGUUGUCUCUCUCUUUUCUGAUAUUACAAGGGAUGACUUCCCCGCCACUGUUCCACCCAUGUAUGUUAGCAACCAUCGUUCUAUGUCGUCAGUAAUUUAUGCUUGA